AUGAAGAUGGAUUCAAAGAAGCCAUACAUGGCUGUCAUCCUUAUACAGUCCAUAUACACCGGCAUGUUCUUGCUUUCGAAGGCUGCCUUUGAUGGGGGCAUGAAUACCUGCGUAUUUGUCUUCUACAGACAGGCCAUGGCAGCUGUCUUCUUGGCUCCUCUCGCUUUCUUCUUCGACUGGAUUACUUUUAGCUUGAAUAUAUAUGGGGUGGCUCUCAUGUAUACAUCUGCAAAUUUGGCAGCUGCAACUACGAACUGCCUUCCGGUCAUCACCUUUCUCCUUGCCGUUCUACUCAGGGCUCAAUGGAUGGGAUUUACUCUCCCAAACAUUGAGCUUAGGAUGGAAAUAGUGAGGCUGACUUCAGCUGGAAUUGCAAAGAUUACAGGGAUGGUAAUUUGCAUUGGAGGCGUCUUGACAAUUGCCUUGUACAGAGGUCCUUACUUAAGCCUUUUCCUUCAUCACCACCUACUUGGGCACCGGAGUUUUGGUCAACAACACCCAGUUGGAGGUGAAAAUUCAAGCACAACGUGGAUAAAAGGCUGCUUCCUCAUGCUCAUGUCCAACACCUUCUUUGGUCUAUGGCUCGUAUUACAGGCUCGAAUAAUGAAAAGCUACCCUUCGAAGCUACUUUUCACCACUCUUCAGUGUUUCUUGAGUUCAGUUCAGUCCUUUUUCAUUGCCAUUGCCUUGGAAAGAGAUCCCCUUGAGUGGAAGCUUGGAUGGAAUGUGAGGCUCCUCUCGGUGGUUUACUGUGGAAUUGUUGUGACUGGUGUGACAUAUUAUCUGCAAGCAUGGGUGAUCGAGAAGAAAGGUCCCGUUUUCCUGGCCACGUCUUCACCACUGGCCUUAAUCUUUACAAUGUUGACUAGUGCAAUACUGUUGGGGGAGAGCAUUACCUUAGGAAGUGUUUUAGGAGGGAUGUUGCUGGUCGGAGGGCUUUACAGUGUUCUGUGGGGGAAGAAUCGAGAGCAGAAGAUCGUUCUUCAUGACAUGAAUUUGAACGGCGAAGCUGUGACGGAGACAGCAGAUCAGUCCAAAGAAGAAUUGCCGAGCAAGGACCUGCCCACAAUAGUAUAG